AUGACCAAAACUGAAACUGAUUUGGUGCGAACAGUACACCAGUUGAUCACCAGUAACGACAUCGUAAUUUUUUCUAAAACGUACUGCCCGUUUUCGAUGAUGGCUAAAGAGAUUUUUGGAAGAAUGAAUAAAACUUAUAGAGUCAUCGAAUUAGAUAAAAGAUCAGAUGGUCCACAAAUUCAGGAUGUACUUCAGGAAAUGACUGGAGCUAAAACUGUACCAAGAGUGUUUGUCAGGGGACAAUGUUUGGGAGGCGGAAUGGAUGUAAGAUCAUUGUUUGUGAAUGGCAAACUGCGAAGAAUAGUCGGAGUAUGA